CAACGAGUAUUACAACAUGCUUUGUUCAUCAUGUACUAUAUACUCCGUAAUUCCAAUAUUCUCUCUCCUGCUUUCCUUUUCCCCGCUUUCUGUCUAACACCGAAUCUAAUCGAUCAAUGAAAUUCCAUUUCUAACACCGCGUACUCUCUCACCUCCUCAUUCUUCUUCUUCAUCUGCUCUCUUUCUCUCUCCUAAAUUCCUUCUUUCUCCGCCAUAUUCCCCCAAUUCUGAGGUCCUUUUCGUGAAUUCUCCCCCUUUUCUCGCCGCAGUUUCUUCCCCAGGCGGUGAGGAUGUCAACUCCUGCAAGGAAGAGAUUGAUGAGGGAUUUCAAGCGCCUGCAGCAAGACCCACCAGCUGGGAUUAGUGGUGCCCCCCAAGAUAAUAACAUUAUGCUAUGGAAUGCUGUUAUAUUCGGUCCUGAUGACACCCCUUGGGAUGGAGGCACGUUCAAAUUGACACUGCAGUUUUCUGAGGACUACCCAAAUAAGCCUCCUACAGUCCGCUUUGUGUCCCGGAUGUUUCACCCAAAUAUUUAUGCAGAUGGAAGUAUCUGUCUUGACAUCCUACAAAACCAAUGGAGUCCCAUUUAUGAUGUUGCUGCUAUCCUAACGUCAAUUCAGUCUUUGCUAUGUGAUCCGAACCCAAACUCUCCUGCAAAUUCAGAAGCUGCACGGAUGUUCAGUGAGAACAAGCGUGAAUAUAAUAGGAGAGUGCGUGAGAUAGUCGAGCAGAGUUGGACUGCUGAUUAAUCCCUGCUGAUGAAGUGUAUGCAUUGUAUCUGAGAAUGAAGAAUUGGGUCCUUAAGUUGCAUGUAUGGCUCAUUUGAGCAAGACUGUGUUAGAUUGUUGCCUUACUGCUUGAAUCUUGACUUAGCAAUAAAAUUCUUAUUGUUCUUUAGGUGUGAGAA